CGAGGAGGCGGGGGGGGGGUUUGGGAAAGAGAAGGGGCGUCACCAUCUGUUGUUAAUUCUCCGGUCAUUGGAUUAGUAGCCCUCGGUGAUGAGAUCAGCAAGAUCAGCUUUCAGGAUGGGGUGCUGGACUGGCUUUAGCUGCAGGCUCUUCCCAUCUGGGCUGUCUGUGUCAUAAAAGGGGAGAGCAAGAAAGGGGCGGGGGAGAAGCUGGGCAGAGAAAGAGAGAAAAGAAAGCCGAGGCAUAAAAGCUGGAGGAAUCUUUGAAGAAACAACGGCGAGGCAGCCGGGGCGGCAAAGGGCAGGCUGCCCAGAGGCCACUUUUCCUUCUGCCGAGAGUUUACAGCGGGGAGUUUCCUGUCGGUGCGGCUCGCCUCGAUUGUCUGCUGCAGACGCGUGGACCACGCGAAGUCCAGAAACCGGCGCCGGGCCGGGAGUGGAGGGAAGCGGACGGGCUAUUUCUGCCGAGUUUUGGUGCCAGCUCCCCCACUUCCCAUCACCCUAUCGUGGUGUGGUUCCUCCCCGGCGUUCAGCUUCAACUUUUCGGAGUUUUUUUUUUGCCUUCGGAGCGGGAAUAGCGUAUCAAAACCAGCAGUUGGGGUAAGCAAUAACGGGGUGUGGACGUUUUUUUUUUCACUGUUGAAGGGAAAUAGUCUUGUAAACGUCCCCAAGAUUCUCUGCUGCUGAUUCUGCUCCCAAGUGGCUUGUCUUUCUCUCUGGAUUUGUAUGUUAUACGUUAAAAAAAAGAACGAGGCACUUGUACACGCUAUAAAUCCAAGACACGCGGGGUUGACGGCGAGAUGCUUCAUUGUUUUUAUGAAGUGUGUUUUCAGAAAACAUUGGCUCUGAAAGAGUCCAGAACGAAGUAAAUCAAGUUGCUGCAUAGUGAGUCAUUGGCUCAGCUUGAAAGUGCUUUCAUGACUUGACACUGGGCCCACAUUUACCCUUCACUCCCUGCAACCAAGCAAUCUGCAGCUGAGCGAUGGGCCAAAAAAUCUCAGGGAGCAUAAAGUCUGUGGAUGUUCGGGAUCCCCCAUAUAGACCAGUUAAACGAGAACUGAGGGGACCAGAUUUCUGCAAGCCUGCACGAUUGGAUAUGUUGCUGGAUAUGCCCCCAGCCCACUUGGAGGUCCAAUACAAACAUGCUUGGAACAACGAAGAUCGAUCCUUAAAUAUAUUUGUGAAGGAAGAUGACAGACUAACCUUUCAUAGACACCCAGUUGCUCAAAGCACAGAUUGCAUCAGGGGAAAAGUUGGCUACACAAGGGGACUCCAUGUCUGGCAGAUUCACUGGCCCACUAGGCAACGAGGAACACAUGCUGUAGUUGGGGUCUCAACAGCAGAAGCCCCUUUGCAUUCUGUAGGAUAUACAUCAUUGGUUGGUAGCAAUAAUGAAUCAUGGGGCUGGGACCUUGGACGGAACAAACUUUACCACAACUGCAAAAACCAGCCUGGAGUGACCUAUCCUGUGUUUUUGGAACCAGAUGAGUCUUUUGUACUUCCAGAAUCCUUGUUGGUGGUUUUGGAUAUGGAUGAAGGAACCCUUAGCUUCAUCGUGGAUGGACAGUAUCUUGGAGUGGCCUUCAGGGGCUUAAAAGGGAAAAAACUGUAUCCUAUAGUCAGUGCGGUAUGGGGGCACUGUGAAAUAACAAUGAGAUAUGUCAACGGGCUUGAUCCUGAACCUCUACCUUUAAUGGAUCUGUGUCGAAGAUCAAUUCGCUUUGCUCUGGGACGAGAACGCCUGCAUGAUAUAGAAACUCUACCUUUGCCUCAGUCUUUGAAAAAUUAUUUACAAUAUCAGUAAUAUGAUUCUAGAAUUCUAAAUGGUAGAAAUUGUUUACAUCAGAAUAUAAAUCUUCAUGGUGGAUAUUUUGAGUGUUAUUUAAUUAUUUUUUACAUUUUUUAAAAAUAAACCAUAGCAGAGGAUUAUGGAGACUACUAAGAAAUGUGAAAAUGUUGAAUUGAUUUAGUUCUUUCAGUAGAAUAAUUGUUGCCUAUACUGUUACACAGCCUCAUUAUGCAGAAUCCAAAGCUUGUUUUCACAGGUAAGAGCCAAAUGUGUUAUGUGUGUUAGGUUAGACCUAAUGUUGGAUGUGUGCCUGAUGUGCAAGAAAUGCAAAUACAGCUCCCCAAACUAGUGUUCAUGAAAGAAGAAUAUUCUUUUAUAUAAGUUAGAGUAUCAGCAUGUGAAAAAAAUAAUCCCUGUUUGAUGGUUUUCAAAAUUCUGGAAUUUAAUACACCAAAUAAUUAGGGUUCUUACAAUAUCAAUUAUGAUGCAAAAUUCCUUACUCAUACAAUCUGUUUAUUCUCAUUUUGAAAGGAAAAUGUUCCAGAGAACAAACACAUCACAUCUAGUGUCACCAUAGGAAGACAUUGGGGAUCUUUGUGCACAUGGAACAUAGAAGCCUCAUUGGUACUGCAAGAUUGUGGCCUCUUACAUUUAGGUGCUCAGAUUUUUCAGAUUUUUUUAGCUUGGUAUAAUAUACCACCUGCCAUAUUUUAACUUACUUUAUUGAACAAGAUACUCAAUCUUGUUCUCCAAAGCAACUCAGCUCAAUCUACAAAUUAGUUAAGUUGACAUUAGGUUUUAUUUCUUCAGUAGGAUGAAAUUUGGUCAAAUUAGUCUUUUCCAGCUUAACCAGUUUUGGUCCAGGUAUUCUGGUUCAGACCUAUAUUAAUUUGUCAAAUAUCAUGCUGCCUUUUUAUUCGUGACCACAUUAUUAUUAUUAUUAUUAUUUACUUUUUGAGUUCCAAAUACCAUGUUUCCUGUAAUGUGCCUAUGGCAUAAGAGGGCUUGAAUUAACCUACUCCAGGCACACAUUGAAAAAUUCCAAAGCUCAAAAGCUAGCCAGGCCCUCUGCCAGAAUUGUGUGCCAGUUUCUCAUGUGAAUAUCCAAUGCCUUGAUGAGUGUUCCACAUGUUCAGAUGACCCUAUGCUUUUACUCAUACAUUUUUACAUAUAUUUAUGUGAAUACCUCAUUCUCUGAAAUUGUUAUCUAUUUCUAACCAUGACAAAUUGGCAAAAGACAUGUUACCAUGGCAUCACAGACAAGUACAUAAAGGGCAGGAUAUACACUGCAACAUAUUUUAUUGUUUGCCACUCCCCUCUUUCAGACCCCCACGCACUCUACCAGACAUCCCUCAGAGAGGCAACACAUGGUUCCAGAAACAGGAAAACAUAGCCUAUAAAUGUCUUAUUUUAAAACUUGCAAGGGACAAUAAUAUGUAACUUUAUACAGUUUUGUUUAUCUUGUCACACAUUGAGUAUUACAUUUUGAAUUUCUCUCUCCAGAAUAGAGUGGAAAUUUUUUUUUGUUCUUACAUCUUUUUCUCCUUUGCUUAGAAUGUGUGUUCAUUUGUCAGGAUCAAUUUAUUUUUAAGGGAACUGCUUUUGUUUGUAAUUUUUGUUCUGCUACAUUCACACUUUUUUGCCUGAUCAUGAUCUAGUUUUUAACUGGAAGUUGUUGUAAUGGCAGGAUAUCAAAUGUUGAUUGAGCUGCCUUCAGCAUAUUUUAAUGUGAAUUCACCGAAGAAUGAAGAUAUUUCUAAUAAACUCUACUGUCCAAAUGA